GUUAUUCAGUAGGUGGCAGUUAAAAGCCUAGAUGAGCUUUGCAGUCGCCAUUUAGGCAGUAGCAUCAGCAGAGGCUGGAGUCAGUCCAUCCGUGAAAGCAGAGGGAAAGAGAGAGGCUGUGAUCAAGCCAACAGAAGCAUUAGCCACAGCCGGGGCGCUGGGGAGAAAGCGGGAGAGGAGCAGAACCGCCAGAGCACCGAGCCUCUGAGCACACUGCGGGCAGCAGCCAGCGCAGGGAGAAAGGAGAGGCAGCAGGCGACGGGGCUGCAGCCCCCUUGGUUAAGUCAGGGUCUCCUUUCUCGUGAGGAAAGCCAGUGCAGAGGGUGAGCAGCUGGUGUGAUGAGAGGCAAAAACUGAAGAGCAUUUGGAGCUUUCUGUUCCUUCACAGAUUUUUCUCUCUACCUGAGCAGCAGACACACUGAGAAACAUGCCUGAGCAAAGCAAUGAUUACAGGGUUGUUGUGUUUGGAGCUGGAGGAGUGGGCAAAAGUUCUUUGGUCUUGAGGUUUGUGAAGGGCACUUUCAGAGAGAGCUACAUCCCUACUAUUGAAGACACCUACCGUCAGGUGAUCAGCUGUGAUAAGAGCAUAUGCACUUUACAGAUCACUGACACUACAGGCAGCCAUCAAUUUCCAGCCAUGCAACGUCUUUCUAUUUCUAAAGGACAUGCUUUCAUUUUGGUUUACUCUAUCACUAGCCGACAGUCCUUGGAGGAACUCAAACCAAUCUAUGAACAAAUAUGUCAGAUUAAAGGAGACAUAGAAAACAUCCCAAUAAUGCUUGUGGGGAACAAAAAUGAUGAGAGUCAAAAUCGAGAGGUGGACAGCAGCGAAGGAGAAGCCAUGGCUAAGAAAUGGAAAUGUGCCUUCAUGGAGACCUCUGCUAAGCUGAACCACAACGUGAAAGAGUUAUUCCAAGAAUUGCUAAACCUUGAGAAACGCAGAACUGUGAGUUUACAAAUUGAUGGCAAAAAAAGCAAGCAGCAGAAAAGGAAAGAGAAGCUGAAAGGCAAAUGUGUGGUGAUGUGAAAUUGCACUGUCACAAGUUAAUCACGCAAUCUCACCUGUCUGACAAUACUCACAUAAAACGUACAGAUAGCAAACAACCAUGGAAGACCCUAUUCAUUAGUAUCUGUUUUAAAAGAAAUAUUUUGAAUUUCAAAAAAAUUAUUUACUGUAGUUACUAUGAAAAAAAACAACAACUAAAAUCAUGUACUCCACCUUCUAGUGAAAACAAUCAGCAAUCAAGAGAAGGAUGGGCCAUGAUAUCUAAUUUUGUGAUUUACAAAAAAAAAAGAAAUUCCAUCCUUAGCAUAACGCAAAAGUUUUGGAAAGUCAGCUUCAUAUUAUUUUUGUUUCAUAUAAGUGCAAGAGAUGGCAAUGCAUAAUGUUGGAAGAAAAACAAAAAAAUGGCCAUAAAGAAACCUAGAAGUAUGAAAUGCAUGCUGAAUGGUGUUAUGACAUCCUUUUAGGAAUGUUACAGACAAUUCCGUGCAAUUUUCAUUACUGACUGUUGGGGCACUGUGCGUAAGGCAGUAUGGGAUCUGCCAAAUUAAAAAACUAUUUCACACUGAAAGGAAGUGUCAGGGUAACAGUUAAAAGGUAUGGAUAUUCUCUCUACCCUCGAGCACGAGAUUUCUUUCCUGUAUGUUUCAGUGUUUGAACUGAAAGAUGAUGAAAAUCCAGCCGCUGUAGGAGAGAUGCAAAUCAUCUUUUCUGGACCCAUUGGUUCGAGAAUCACUUUUGCUUCUGGCCUCAAUGUAUUUCAGAAGAGCAGAUGUUUUCCUGUGGAGAAUGUCAGAUUGUACAGAAAUGGUGUACAUAAACGCAAAGCUUCCCCAGAGAGGAUUGGCUGGGAAGUCCCCUGCAAAAGCCUUUAUGGGAAAGGCUCCAUUCAAAUGCUGCUGAUGGUUAAUAGUGAAUGAAAGUCUAUGGAACUGGUUGUACACUUGGAGAGGUGUCAAUAUAGUAUAUAAAAUUAUUAUUUAAAUUACCAAAUAGCCGAGUGAAACGUCUUUACUAUAUUUCAAUUAGAAUGCUUUUUCAUUCAUGCACUACUAGAUCUAUUGCCUUUAUAUUGUCUGAAGGGGUAUAUAUUAACCAUUUAAACUCAUGAUUUGAACUGCUGUGACACAGAAUCAAAUCCUGCAUCUGGAAUUAGGGCCCACAAAGAGCCCUAGGAGAAGAUUUCCUGGGGUAAGUAGUACAGGAUUUGGCAUAUUAAGAGUUGCAGUCAGUACUGUGUUACAAUGCAAUACGCAGUUCAGAAUAGAAAAAGCUGGUUUAAACCACCUUUUCAGAGGCAACUGCUCCUUUCAAAACCUUUGGAAGGGGAAUAAUAAUAUAAAAUGUGAGCUUUUCUGGAUCUCUCUCCAAAGCUUUUUAAAACUAAGAUGAAUGAGUAAAAUAUGUAUUCUAAUGAUAACAAAGGCCAUCUAACAUAAAAGAAGCACAUACAGUUUUUAAAAGACACAUCUAAGUUGUAUAAGCUACAGUUUGAACCUUAGGAACUUCUCUGAAAUAAUAAAACAAACCACCAUAUUUUGGUGAAUGUUUAUGUUGAAAUCAUAUUAUGGGAAAACUCAGUCAAGUACUAGUAUUAUUAGUAUGCAUGCUGUUGCAUUAUAAAUAUCUUCUAGGAGCUGUUCAAAUGCAGUAUUUGCAUUAAAAAUACUUACCUUGUUUCUCUUAGAGUUAUUGCUUGCUUACCUUCAACAUUUCAGUCAAGUGUGCAGUCAUUUUGCAGGUACAUUUCUUUGAGCAAGAAUUGCUAUUAGCAUUGUCUAGAAAAGAGCACAACUUUUAUCAUUCACUCAGAAGAAAUUUUAGCACCAUUAAAAUCAAGUGUAACACUACUGCUGAUGUCAAAGAAUACAGAAUUUUGUGUGCUUAUUUCAUUGCAUCAGAAAAUUAGAGAAAGCAUGAAAAAAACCCUAAGGCUUUUCCUUAAUAGUAAAUUUCUGGGUCUUAUGUGAUGCUUUUUCUCCAUAAAAAUCAAAGCACUUCACAAAAAAGGACAGCAUCAUUAUCUUAACUCCUCAGGUGGUGAAACUGAGGCAUGAAGAGAGUAAGCAAAUACACACAGGUUACCCAGCAGGCUAGCUGUAUAGCCAGGAACAAAAGCAGAUUUCUUCAGUCCCAGUCCCAGUCCCCACUCUGCAUUUGAUCUGACUGCCACUUCACAUUCUUGGCUAACUUCCAAACCAUGUAAAGGAAACUGUUAUGGCUUAUACAGCGAAGUGCAUCUUUUUCUUGUCAGUCUGUCAAAAGAUCAAACAAUAUUUACAGAUUGGGGAUGCAAAACAUUUAAUACCACUACAUUUUGUAAGUUUUUUAUAAAUAUUUAAACAUCUAUUCUGUUUGUAAGCAGACAGCUGACAAUGCUCAUCUUCGCAGCAAUGGUUUCCACUAAUGAAACUGGAAAAUCAAAAGAAUGAUCACACUUAAGGAGUAAUGGGUCAUAUAUAGAGGUCAGCAGUACAGAGGUCUCCUGCUGAUGCUAAUAUGCCGGUGCCAAAGGUCAUCAUGCAUGACACAUGCUGAAGCAGCCAGCAUGGAAUAAUGACAUAAACUGAAAGAAAAAAAAAAAAGGCCAUAUAAAGACAAGGAUCCUUUUAACAUUAUUGGUCAUUUUAACUGAAGGAAUUUUUUACGUAGUAAAGAAUCUUGCAGAAAUAGAAUAUAGGGGAUCUAAUUACUCAUAAGCUAUAACUGCAAGAUAUUUCAGGCUGAAAUUUGGCCCUGGACUUUCUUUGAAUGUGCCUCAUAGCAAGUGAGUAGUAAGUUUAUGGCAAAGGUGGAAAUCAAACAAGUAGCUGCCAAUGUCAGGCUUGAGGACCAUUUCCUUUAAUUCCCAGUUGAUUCCUCACCUGCUACAAAAUAAGCCAUGAAUUAUUUCAUGGACUUGCAUGUAUCAAAGCAAGGCCAAUACAGAAGCAAUAUUACUUGUGGACCACAGAUUCGAAAGAGAACGUACUUUAUACCCUUGCAUUGUUGUCCUAGUUUAUACUACUAGAUUUUACAUAUCUUAGAUACUUGUGCGCUGGUUUAAAGCAUUUGUUUUGCUAUUAAUUAUACAAUUAUUUUUUUUUAACACAGAAAAAACAUUUUAAGUUAAAUAAAGAAAAUAUGCAGCUUUAUUACGUUUUGUGUUUGGGAAUGUGAUAUGAGUAUAACAAACUCUUUAAAAUAUACAGGAAAAACAUUGCAUAUUUAAGCCAUGUAAGAUGUACAGUGAAUUUUGGCAAUCAGAAAACAUGAUCUAGACAAAAUGACUCUUUACAAUGCAUGUCUUUUCUAUGUAUAUAUGAAAUAUUAAGAUAUAUAGUUACCAUGAAAAUGUGUUGUAGUGAUUUCAUUAGCAAAUAUUUUAUUCAAAACCUCUGGAUAUGAAGUAAUUUGUGCCUACAAGUUUCUGUGUUUCUGGUGAUCUGAACAUACAAAAUAAAGUUUUAAAUGGAAACA